GUCGCAGAGCUUGGAUGUGGGUCUGCGUUGCCGAGUAUGCAUUUGUUGCAUCAAGCACUUGUCAAGGGACACUCGUUGUCUCUGACAUUGCAGGACUAUAAUGCUUCGGUCUUGCAGCAUGUUACAGUGCCGAAUAUGUAUUUGGCAUGGGCACUUUCUCGCGCGGAGGAAGGGGGGUGGGAAGAUGAAGGUGAAAUCGACGUCACGGACGAGGACAAGGCCGCAUUCCUGAAUGACCUCGAGAUGAAGAACGUCCACAUCACCCUCCUAAGCGGUGGCUGGGGCGAAGAAAUGCUUGGGUACAUGAACCCUGCUCCCAGUGUCCUUCUGGCGUCAGAGACAAUCUACUCUCCCAACUCUCUACCAGCCUUUACAGAUGUUUUGAAUGGAUGCUGUCUUUUGGGGUCACAAGCUUUGGUUGCUGCAAAGAAGGUUUAUUUUGGGGUUGGAGGGGGUAUUGAUGAGUUUAAGCGGGCAGUGGAGGGGAGGAAUGUGAUGACGUGGGAGCCUGUUGAUGAGGUUUCCACUCAGGGAGUUGCAAGGACGAUACUGAAGGUGAAUGUGGCGCCGUAGAGGAGGCAUGAGUUGGGUCCGUGAUCGAUAGGCCACUUUGGAUGAACAUGAGAUCGGCAAACAAGAAAUGUAGUGUGUCACGUGUGCCAUCAUUAUUGUCGUACCACUUGAUGAACAGCCAACAGGUAAGUCCUUUGUUUUCUCUAUAUUGGCUAGAUCUUACAUUUGUGCAGGCUUCGACCGGACACGGAUGGCUAUUGGGAGGGUUGUGGCUGUUCGGAGGAGAAUGGUGGUGAAUGGGAUUGCCAGGUGCCACGGUGUGUGUGAGAUGUCGCGGACUGUAGUGAUGAGGGUAUGUGUUGCUCCCAGGAUUGAACUCAGCUUUCUUGGUGGAGUGGAAUGAAAAGCUGCCGAUCGGCAGGAGCUCACUGUGCAG